GUGACUGUAUCUUAGUCUGAUGCAUGCUUGCUUAACAGUUAUACCACACGGAGCGCCUGGCGUUGUAUGUCUUUCGCAUUCACAUUGACGUAGUGUUCGUAUUGAAACGCAGAGGACAGCCAUUCUACCUGAGUCAAUCAUCUACCUGUAUAGACGAUCUUCGGCGGCACUUUUCGCUCUGACGCUGCUCUGUCUAUGUAGCUGGCUACUAGCUGACAGGGAAGAAGAAGAACACUCCGCAUCUCAGCUGCUGGAUGGAAUUUCUCCAAACUGGAAAGGUAAUUCAAGGAAAAGGAGAAACGGAUAACACGAGCGACUUACUGAUGAGUACCUGAGGCCAGUUCUCAACAUGGAUGCUACACAUGAGCCUGUGUAAUACACCUGACUGUGUGUUGUUUGGACACUGCCCCCCAGACUGGACGACGGGAGAUGAGACGCAGCCGACAGAGACCACACCAUGAGCAUCCAGGGUUUGGGAGGAGCGAUCGGGGAGUCUCUUGGCUCUAGCCUGACGGUGCGCAUGAGUGGAGCAGGUGGCGGGUGGAGUGCUCUUUCCCUGAAACCUGUCUCCACGGGGCGGAUCGCCUCUAUGUUCCAGACCAUGGUCCCUACCGGAUACACGAAGCUGCAGGAGGAGAGGUUGGCCAUGGUGGACCUCGGAGCUAAGCCUGAGGUCAGCUCGCUCCAGAACGGCUACCGGCAGGAGCCGGCACACGUGGAAGGGAGACGGGUCAUGGACCGGGCGUCCCGGUCCUCCGUGACUUUAUCAGACAGUGGCGAUUGCGGCUACUCUGAGACUCAGCCCAUGCUGGCCGAGAGGAGGCUCUCCGGAGAGGAGGCAGAGGAGGGGGAGGAAGAAGACGAGGAGGAGGAAGAGCUGAGAUGUGACGCGCAGAACAUGCCCAAGGAGUCGCCGCUCGCCAUGGCAUUGCAGAUUUUGGUGCCUUUCCUGCUAGCUGGAUUUGGGACGGUGUCGGCUGGAAUGGUGCUGGAUAUAGUGCAGCACUGGGAGGCGUUCCAGUACAUCACGGAGAUCUUCAUCCUGGUGCCUGCGCUGCUCGGCCUGAAGGGAAACCUGGAGAUGACGCUGGCCUCGCGACUGUCCACAGCGGUGAACGUGGGAAAGAUGGAUUCUCCCAUCGAGAAAUGGAAUCUUAUCAUAGGCAACCUGGCACUGAAGCAGGUUCAGGCCACUGUGGUGGGCUUUCUGGCGGCCGUGGCAGCUGUGGUUCUCGGCUGGAUCCCAGAGGGGAAGUUUCAGAUGAGCCACGCUGUUUUGCUGUGCUCCAGCAGCGUGGCCACGGCCUUCAUAGCCUCCCUCCUGCAGGGUAUCAUCAUGGUUGGGGUAAUUGUGGGUUCAAAGAAGACGGGCAUCAACCCAGACAACGUAGCCACACCCAUUGCAGCCAGUUUUGGUGACCUCAUUACCUUGGCGAUCCUGGCCUGGAUAAGUCAGGGCCUCUACAAGUGCCUGGAUUCCUACCCAUACGUGUCGUCGCUGGUUUGCGCCUUCUUCAUGUGUCUGACUCCUCUGUGGAUGGUCAUCUCCUCCAAGCACCCUGCCAGCCGCACCCUGCUCUACUCUGGCUGGGAGCCGGUCAUCACUGCCAUGGUCAUCAGCAGCAUCGGAGGACUCAUCCUGGACAAAACGGUGUCUGACCCAAAUCUGGCUGGCAUUGUAGUAUACACCCCGGUUAUCAACGGUAUCGGGGGUAACCUGGUGGCCAUCCAGGCCAGCAGGAUUUCCACCUACCUGCAUUUCCACUGUGCUCCCGGGGAAGUUCCGGACGAGGCCAAGGGCUGCUACUACCCCUGCCGCACAUUCUUUGGAACAGGAGCCAAUCAUCGGUCCGCUCAGGUGCUCCUCCUUUUAGUGAUCCCCGGUCACCUAAUCUUCCUCUACACCAUUCACCUGAUGAAGAGCGGCCACACCUCCCUGACAGCCAUCUUCAUGUCCGUCUAUCUGGCUGCUGCCAUGCUACAGGUGCUGCUGUUGCUGUGCAUAGCAGACUGGAUGGUGCACUCCAUGUGGCGCAGCGGCAAAGACCCGGACAGUUUUUCCAUCCCUUACCUGACCGCUCUGGGCGAUCUGCUGGGCACCGCCCUCCUGGCACUCAGCUUCCACUUCCUGUGGCUCAUAGGAGACCAGGACAGCGACGUGGGCGACUGAAAAGACACUUUCACAACUUGGCGGUGGCUGUGUUGGGAACCCCACCAUCUGCCAUCUAAGUUCUCACGCCCUUAAGCCUUGUUGGGAUGUGGGUGCUCAGUCUCUGCGGCCAGCACAUUCCCCAGCUUCACAUACUGGAUGAAACUGAAACCACACGAUGGUUUACAAAUCUAUUUUCUCCUCCUGACUUUUUUCCUCCUUUCUGUUUUUUUUUUGUUUUUGUGUACACAUAAAAGACAUUAUUUUCCUUAAAUUUAGACUGUUCUCUGUAGCAAAUCUAAUCUGCGUCUUUUGCACCAAAGCGCUCGGAUGUGAUGACGCUGGUCGCGCUACGAGGAGCAGGAUCACCAGCCGCCACCCACAGUGCUGAGGAGAACUUGCUGCUGUUUGCAAAGUGGUCGUCUUCGCCAGCCAAGCAUCAGUCACAGGUCCUCUCCUGGGGGGGAGUAUUUUGUUUAUAGAAAAUCAUAUCAAUCUCUAUUGAAAGGUACAAAAAGUUGUUUCUGUGUCAGUUUUUGUGUUUUGUAAUUUCAGUUGUCCUAUCCCCUUACCAUGAGCUCUCAGUGUUUUUUGGGAGAAAAACUUGUAGACCAGCAAAGAAAUUAGAGGCCAUCACUGUAACACUUUAUUAUUAUUAUUGUAAAUUAAGAAAUGAAUUCAAACCAACAUUUUGUGAAGUAAACAGUGGCGUCAAUAUAAAUAAAAGUUAAUAUAAAUGGCCAAUGGUGGAGAAAUGACCCUUAGUUAAGCCCCUCCCCCGAAGAGCUAGUUGGCACAGCUCCUUUAAGCAAUACUUGUAAAAGGGCCUCAUUUUUUAUCACCAGGAAAAAAAAAACUUUUCAUCUGUGCUGCCGGUUUAGCGAACACUCUCCCGUUACAUCGCCAUUAUUUGGAGUAGCACCUCCUCAACACACUCGAAACCAGUCAAGAAAUCCUUGAUACGUCCCGUCAAGUCCCCACGUUGCGUCGCAUCCAUUUCCUCUGUUUGUUUGUCCUGCGUUGGGUGGGUGGGCGUGUACACGGGGUGGGGUUUCUGACAUUCCACACUGGGAUUUUUGCACGCCGGUCACAUGCAGUUUACGUGCAUCUACGCAACGCAUUGGAAGUUUGCAGGGUCAGUGCAUCAUGAUUAAAUACAACAUUUCUGCUUGGCUUCAUUCACUCUUUUCCCAAAUGUUGCAUUUAAAGGGUCUAAAAGAAUCAGAUCCAGAUGGAGCGACCUGAUAUUAUCCAGCAGGAAGUCAUCUUACUAAAAAAGAAACUCUUCCAAUUAUUAUUCAAGCAGCGUAUCGCGGCCGCGUGAACGUAGCCAGUGGCUCUCUCCUAUUCCAAUAUGUGCCUCUUGAAAUUCACUGGUUGACGAGGUUCUCUGUCAUGCCAUUAAUGCAAACUUCUUUCUACUGCAUUGUAAUAAUGUGUAAUUAUUUGCUUCUUUUUUUUUUUUUUUACUCCAUUUCAGUUUUGAAACAACUUUGUAAGAGUUUCAUUCGAAAAAUGACGUAUCCGCCACUCUAAUCUACUUCUCUCGCAGAAGCCUCUGGGAAUUUGAAUCAUGGACAGAUUGUCUUUUUGGAGUGAAACCCUUUGAUUUGUGGCUCUUAUGGGCCGAGCGUGUCAAAAUAAAUAUCCUUGAUUUGAAAAACA